CGGACAUUUGCGUCGGGCGCAUGACAUCCCAGCACUCGCUUCGCACCAAGGUCGAGUUCCAGCGCCAAGGCAGCUCGCUCGACACGACACCGAGCGACGACGACGACCCGAUGACCGACGACUUGAAGCCACGGAGGGCGGUCGGGCGACCGUCCAAGAAACCCGUUAUCGCCCACGGGCUCUGGAGCUUGGAAGAGCACGAGCGCUUCCUCGUCGGCAUCCAGCUGUACCCGGAAGGGCCAUGGAAGGCCGUCGCCGACAUCAUCCAAACCCGCAACGCCAAGCAAGCGCAAACGCACAUGCAGAAAUGCAAAGAGAAGAUCCUCCGGCAUCGGCGGCGGCGCGACGAAGUGCUUCGCGGCGUCAUCCUCGACGACCAACAUGCCGAGAACGAUGUGAUUCGCUUGGCGGCCGCGGCGGCGACGGCCAACCCUGUUUUGUUGCGGCGGUCCAAGCACGCCGACAACCUGCGCUUGGCGUCCGUGGAGCCCAUUCCGCUCGACUCGCCGGCCGCCGCCGUCCUCAGCAGCACGCAGCCGCUCGAUGGCCACAAGAUCACGUGGACCGAGGCGCUCGACUACUUUUGGACAUUUGUCUCGGCCGCCGACGACACCGAGGAGCGCUUUUUUGCGUGACUUGGCGCCACGUUUUAAUAGGUUUGAUAGGUUAUAUAGGUUGAAUGGAAGGUGUGGAUUGCGUUAAAG